AUGAAGUGUCUCCUGCUCACCCUGGGCCUGGCCCUCGUCUGUGGUGCCCGUGCCGUCAUCCCUGCUCCAGUCACAGAGGCGGUGGAAGUGCAAAAGCUGCAGGGCAUCUGGCACACCCUGGCAAUGGCAGCCAGCAAUCUGACCCUCCUGGAGACGGAGAAUGGCCCUCUGAGACUUUGCCUCCAGAAGUUCCUGCCCACCCCUGAGGGCAACGUGGAGAUUGUCUUGUUCAAAUGGAGACGCAGCCUGUACGCACCUGUGGGAACGGAGCAGCUGGAGCUCCUCCCUGUCUCUGUCUUUGCUCCUCCUCUGGACCUGGACCAGAUCAAGCUCUUCAUGAUGGACACUGACUAUGAGACUAUGUCAGUCUGCAUGGAGGACACCACUGCCCCUCAGCGGAACCUCAUGUGCCAGCUCCUCGGCAGGACCCUGAAUGUCAAGUCCUGGGUCUUGGAGAAAUUCAGGGGUCAGCUCAAGAAUCUGAUCCAGUCCACCCCCAUCCUCCUGGACUUCAUCCAGAGAAAAGGGGACCGUCCUCCACAAAGUCCCCAGCUCUUCACUCGGGAGCAGACAGCCGGGCUCAAACCACCAACUUUCGUGUUCACAGCUGGAGGCCAAUAUAGGCAGGCAGGCGCAGCCAGCACCCCAGUGUCUGGAAGCUGCAAAGCUGAGAUGUUGCUACUGCUCUGCCUGGGGCUAAGUCUGGCCCGAGCGGCCUCAGAACCACAGCCGGUGUCGCCACCUGACUUCCAUGCUGACCAGAUUGAAGGGCAAUGGUUCUCCAUCAAGCUGGGCGCCACGGACUGGUCUGCCAUCAAGGAAGGUGGCUCCUACCGCUGCUUCAUGUCCACCAUCAAGACCUUGAAGAAUGGUGACCUGAAGGUCACCUACUUCCAUCGAGAAGAGGGACGGUGCAAAAAGGAAUUCUAUAUUGGGAAGAAGACAGACAGGCCGGGCCGCUAUAUGUUUGAAUAUGAGGGCACGAACUACGUCACCUUUGAGAAAGUCACAUCUGACUAUGCCCUGGUGGUCACGGAAAACAGGAGCUACAAAAACGGCUUAGUGGUGUUGGAGCUAUAUGGCAGGUCCCGGAACGUGGUGCAGGAGGGGCAGAUGGAGUUCCUGGAGCUUGCGGCCCGCAGCAGCAUCCCGUCGGAGAACAUCGUGGACCUGUCCGCUUACCGUAAGCCUGUUCUCGAGGGAUCCUCACCAACACGAGGUGCCAAUCCUCGGAGCCUGAGUGGGGACUCACACAUUGAGGGGAGGCGGCAGGCUUGGGGACUGGAGGCCAAGGCCCUGGGGCUCCAGAAGAGGCACCAGGAGGCCGAGAGGUCUGAGCACGAGGCUCUGGAUGGGCACCUGGAUACAGCAGGGGAGAGCACAGCCGGCAAGAAGGGGGCCUCCCGAGAAGCCGGGGCCACUUUGGCCAGCACUGCUGCUCAGACCCUCCCUGGACUCAGGGUCUGCUCAGGGCCAAGAGUUCUGCGCUCCAGGGCCAGCGUCAUCAGCACCAGCAUCCCCACAGGGGAACAGGGUCUUCAGAAUCAGAAACCCACCGACCCACCUCAAGGAAUCGGCCUCCAUCCCUCAAAGCGGCUUGUCCAGGGGCCCUGCUAG